UGACCGUCUACGCAGGACGAACCGCGGGGGGCGGGCCGGGGAGAGGGGAAUGGGCCCCAGCUGAGGGCGGGGCGAGAGGUGUUGUUCCCGGUUCCCUGGGGGCACCGGAAGCCGCGAUCGGAGCCGCUGGAGGGACUGAGACCUCAGCCAGACUCAGCCUCCAGAUGGCGCAGUGGGAGAUGCUGCAGAAUCUCGAAGGCCCAUUUCAGGAGAAACUGCACAGACUCUAUGCAGACAGUCACCUGCCGGUGGAUGUUCGGCAACACCUGGCUGCCUGGAUUGAAGACCAGAACUGGGAGGAAGCUGCACUGGGAAAUGAUAAUGCCAAGGCUGACAUGCUCUAUUUUCACUUCUUGGACCAACUGAGCACUGAGUGGGGCCGUUACAGCCAGGACCCUGAACACUUUUUGCUGAGUCACAACUUGCGGAAAUUUUCUCGGGAUAUUCAGGCCUUCACCAGGGGUCCUACCAAAUUGGCCGAAAUGAUCUUUAACCUCCUUCUGGAGGAAAAAAGAAUUUUGAACCAAGCUCAGAGGGCUCAGUUGGAACAAGAAGAGCCUGCCCCAAGAGCACCUGUGGAGAGUCAGCAGCAUGAAAUUGAUUCCCGGACUGUAGAAUUAACAACUAUGAUGGAGAAGCUGGUAAAAUCCAUCAGCCAACUGAAAGAUCAACAGGAUGUCUUCCUUUUCCGAUAUAAGGCUCAUCCCCCAGAGAGAGUAUCCUCCUUGCAUCCCCGUCAGACCCGAGAGCUACAACUUCUACAAGAAACUGCCAAUGAACUGGACAAAAGGAGAAAGGAAGUACUGGACACCUCCAAAGCUCUGCUAGGCCGAUUAACUACGCUGGUCGAACUGCUGCUGCCCAAGUUGGAGGAGUGGAAGGUCCUGCAACAGAAAGCCUGUAUUGGAGCCCCGCCACAGCAAGGGUUGGAACAGCUGGAGCAGUGGUUCACAGAUGGAGCUAAGCUAUUGUUCCAUCUCCGACAGCUGCUGAAGGAGCUGAAGGGAUUGAGUGCCCUGGUCAAAUACAAGGGUGACACUCUUUCCCAAGGAGUGAGCUUGCUGGAGGCCCAGGUCACAGAAUUGCUACAGCGUCUGCUCCACAGAGCCUUUGUGGUAGAAAGCCAGCCCUGCAUGGCCCAAACUUCCCAUCGACCCCUUGUCCUCAAAACUGGGAGCAAGUUCACUGUUCGAACAAGGCUGCUGGUGAGACUCCAGGAAGGCAGUGAGUCCCUGACAACAGAAGUAUUCAUUGACAAGAAUCCUCAAUCUCAAGGCUUCCGGAAGUUCAAUAUUCUUACCUCAAAUAAGAAAACUUUGACUCCAGAGAAAGGGCAGAGUCAGGGCUUAAUUUGGGAUUUCGGCUACCUGAGCCUGUUGGAACAGCGUUCAAGCAGUUCAGGAAAAGGCAACAAUAAGGGGCUACUGAGUGUGACAGAGGAGCUGCACAUUAUCAGCUUCACAGUCAAAUACAAAUACCAAGGUCUGGAGCAGGAACUGAAAACGGACACACUCCCUGUGGUAAUCAUCUCUAAUAUGAACCAACUCUCAGUUGCCUGGGCCUCAGUUAUCUGGUUCAAUCUGCUCAGCUCAAAACCCCAGAAUCAGCUGUUCUUCUCCAACCCUCCCAAAGCCCCCUGGAGCUUGCUGGGCCCUGCUCUCAGUUGGCAGUUUUUGUCCUAUGUUGAACGAGGUCUCAACGAGGAACAACUGAACAUGUUGAGGAAUAAACUGUUUGGUCAGAAUUCUAAGAAGGAGGACGCAUCACUGUCCUGGGCUGACUUUAUCAAGCGAGAGAGCCCCCCUGGAAAGCUGCCAUUCUGGACGUGGCUGGACAAAAUUCUGGACCUGGUACAUGACUACCUGAAGGAUCUCUGGAAAGAUGGCUGGAUCAUGGGCUUUGUGAGUCGGAGCCAGGAGCAUCGACUUCUGAAGAAGACCAUCUCUGGCACCUUUCUGCUGCGCUUCAGUGAAACGUCAUCAGAAGGGGGCAUUACCUGCUCCUGGGUGGAACACCAGGAUGAUGAUAAGGUAGUCAUCUACUCAGUGCAGCCCUACACCAAGGAGGUGCUGCAGAGACUCCCGCUGACCGAAAUCAUCCGCAACUAUCAACUGCUUACUGACGAGAACAUCCCAGAAAACCCACUGUGCUUUCUCUACCCUCGAACCCCACGGGAUGAGGCUUUUGGUCGCUACUACCAAGAAAAAGUUAAUCUCCAAGAACAGAGGAAAUACCUGAAACGUAGGCUUAUUGUUGUCUCUAAUAGACAGGUGGAUGAGAUACAACAACCCCUGGAGUUUAAUCUGGGGUCAGAAGUGGAGUCAUUAGAGCUGAAGACCAACCUGGCUUCAGGGCAAGAGCCAGGGGUAAACCUGGAGUUAGAAUCACUGCUGGAAGCAAGGCUGGAUCUGGGUUCAACUUCAAUGCCCAUGCAGGAGUUCACCCUGAAAACUGCAUUUGAGUCCACACUAGGCAUGGAACCACCACGAGUGCCAGAGCCUAACCUGGGACCAGAAAUAAAGCUAGAGCCUUUACCACUGCUUGUGACAGAGCCAGUUUCAGAGCCAGAGUUGCCUCCUGAUCUGAUAAACUUGAACAUGGACGAGAUGGAGAUCUUUGGAAACAUGAAGCUUGAAGAUAUCAUGCCAAAUGGUGACCCAAUGUUGACUGGCCAGAAUAUCAUGGAUGAAGUUCAUGCCGUCUGCCACCCCAGCCAUUUCUCCAUGGAUGGACCCUUGGUGCAUUCUGACUACUAGGAACCACAUUUCUUCUGUUCUUUCCAUAUCUUUUGCUCCUUCUGUCCCUGACAUAAUGAUGAUGUUCUCCCAGGAUGGGAAGUCAAGGCAUGUGCUCCUUUGGAACUGGAUUAAGCCUGGGAUUUGGGGAGCGCCCCAUAAUAUGGGCUAGGAAGGGGACAUCAGUGAAUUAAAAUACAUUGGAUCCUAGAGGGCUGCCUGCUGUGCUGGGAGAUAAAGAAAUUCUGGAGGCAGGCCAAGAUAGGUGAGAGGCCCUUGGAGGACUCCGAGCAGCAAGUCCUUUCUGGUAGUGGAAGGACUUUAGCAUUAUAGUACUUGGCGAGGCUGCACUACUUCCUCUAGCCUUUGGUGAAGAAUGGAGACACGUGAUAGCACUCUGUUUAUCUCAUCUAGUUCCCUUGGAUCUAGAAUAGCACUUUCUUCUUUUUUUUUUUUACUUUAUUUUAUUAUUUUAUUUUUUUAACCAGAGCACUGUUCAGUUCUGGCUUACAGUGGUGUGGGGGAUUGAACCUGGGACUUUGGAGCCUCAGGCAUGACUUUCUUUUCUUCUUUCCCUUCUUUUUCUGCAGUGACUGAGCUUUCUGCCUCAGCCCACCAUGUGAAGUUCUUACUAUGUGAAAUUCCCAACAUAUGAAAGGAAGUGGAGGUCUGUCCCCAUUUCUUCCCCUAGACUGCUCCUGCCAACUUAACAUUGGAAGCUUUGCACAAUAAAUUUGUCUCAUCACCAUG